AUGAACUUCGAAAGCUUCACAACUAGGGGAUACAACAUUGACGAACUCAUGUUCGUUCAAGGAUGGAAGAAGGUGUUAACCCUAGACCUAGAAAAUGACCCAAAACUUGUUCGUUGCUUUUACACAGCAAUAAAUCCCGACAACAAUGACAUGGUGCUAAAAUCCACUCUCAAAGGUAUCACAAUAACCCUAACUCCUUCACUCAUCUGUAAAAUUCUUGAGAUUCCCGAUUCUGGUGUUCAUCUCUUUUCAAAGGAUUGGGUAGGCACAUAUAACACUGAUAUGGAUAGCAUAUAUCUUGACUUGCUCGUUGAUACUGCCAAACCCCUUGUUUCAUCAAAUCUCAACCUUACUCCUCGCAUCUUGCACAAUCUGUCUGUUCACAACAUCAUCCCACGAGCUGGCAGUCUUGAAAAAAUCUCUAGGUAUGAUGUUCUUGUUAUCUUUCAUCUGUUAAAUCGUCAUCCACUUCAUUUGGGAUACCUCAUUCUCAACUUCAUGAGACACGCUAGUAAAAACGCUCGAAGUGCACCCUAUGGAAUUUUUUUAACACUUGUGUUUAAAUAUUUCCACAUCUCUCUUGAGGGUGACACAUCCUUCAAAGGUGCAGGCUCAAUUCAUGGUUGUAGGCUGUCCAAAAUGAACAUUCCCUUGCUCCCAAUUCCACAAAAUUGUAAACAUCUGGUCAAAACAUCUGUUUCUAAGAAAAGAGUCAAAACCUAUAACACUGAAACUAAAAUUGCACCUGAAAAUGUUGUUUCUGGUGACCCCUCAAUCAACCCUCAAGAGUCUAUACCAACAACUGCUGAAGUUUCUAAAGCUGUCUUUCCUCCUGAACAAACUGUGUCUCCCAUUGAAGAACAUUUCUCAUCCUCUCAACUAGAACAACCUUCAGAACCAUUUCUCCCACAAGAAAUUACUUCACCCAUUCCCUCAUUCAUUACACCUCCUGAUCAAACCCUACCAACUGAGGAAAAUGUGUUUGUCUCUAUUUCAUCACCUAAAGAUAUUGCUGGAAACACAAGUGUCGAAACAUCCAAUCCUCAAAAUCCUCCAGUUUAUCAGACUCCUGACUUUGACCCCUCUCAUUUACAAUCUCAUGGAUCCUCAUCCAUUCCAGACCUUGACCUUAAUAUUGCCUCUAACCUACCUCCUCCAGAAAUGAAUGACCAUCUUGAUGAUUUGCUCUUUCAGCAUCAAGUUCUUUAUCAAACGCAGUGUCUGUCCUACUCAAGUGGAUUUGAUCCAACUGCUGAAACAUUGUACACCUUAAUACCGCCCCUUCAUCAAACCACUUACUCCACACCUCCUACUAUUAUGAUUAAUGAUGAUCCAGACUUUACACAAAAUCCUUUUGCUCCUACCCCGACUCCUCAGAAGAACAACUAA